AUGAAGUUUACCCAAACCUUCCUUUCAGUUGGCCUUGUUGCAGGAAUUUCAGCAGUCGACAUACAGCUUGUCGGGACCUGGGCCAGCAAGAGCGGCUCUACCCUAACUGGUCCCUCAUUCUACAAUCCGGUAAACGACGUCUUUAUUGAACCCAGUCAUACGGGAAUCUCCUACUCGUUCACCGAAGAUGGUUUCUACGAAGAGGCGUAUUAUCGUGCUGUUUCCAAUCCAACAAAACCAUCCUGUCCGAAAGCUAUACUACAGUUUCAGCAUGGAACCUUUACUCAGAACUCAGAUGGCUCCCUAAGUUUAACACCUUUUGCAGAUGACGGACGUCAAUUGCAAUCUGACCCAUGCGCGAACCGCCAUUCUCUUUAUACGCGCUACAACCAGUCCGAGACGAUGCAGAAAUACCAGUUAUCCAUAGACUCUUACACCAAGAUGAAACGUCUCGACCUGUAUCAAUUUGAUGGGACCCCAGUUGUACCACUAUAUUUAGCAUAUAGCCCACCACAGAUGCUUCCUACGAUUACAAUGAACCCAGUGGCCAAGACUAAUUCCAAAAAUCGAAAGCGGUCAAUUGGAUCCACAGGCCAGUGGGAAAGUAUUGACUUGCCAUUAAAUAAACACGCAACCCAUAUUAGACGUGAGAUACGGCCAUCACUAAUUCAUACCAUUGAUCCUAGUUUAAUGUGGUGGGGUGGCAUUGCUAUGACCAUAUUUGGGGGGGCUGCAUAUCUAUUAUAG